CACCGACAAGUCCUUCGCUCAUCCCUCCUUGCCUUUUCUUUAUUCUCAAGUCUGCUGCUGGUUUCCUGUUGCCGUUGAAAAUGCCCCUCUAGCGUCGAGAUGUUUUCGUGGUUUGUGUUCAGCCCGGAGUCGCAACCGUUUGUUUACGCCUUCCGAAUUCUAAUUCACCUUCCCACUGCUUGAUCGUCCACCGCCCACCGCCCACCGCCCACCGCGCGCCACAACUGCCCUCGCCGCUAUUGGUUCGGCCAUGAUUUCUUUCUCUCUGACACGCGCUCCCCGAAGUCAGAGACAGCGGGAGAGGUCACCUUUCUCCUCGACCUACUCUCGAACGACACUUUCCCCCGAAAAUUCACGCAAUCCGGCCCGACAUGGUUGGAGGUGGUCUUCCGGGACCGGCCGUGGGGCCUUCUCUCAGGAAGGCCAUGAUGAAGAAAUAGAUGACGAAGGAGACAGCCCUGAAGAUGAAGAGGAUGACGACGAAGAGGAGGAAGAGGAGGAAACCAUUGAAGAUGCAGAAGAUGCCGGUGACGAAGACGAAGACGAAGACGGGCCUGAGGAUACGACACCCCUCCUUCCCAUAUUCUCUGCCGCUCGUCUCGAUGCCAUCCCCGUCUUUUCUCUCACCCACGCCGUCCGUUUGCUGGUGAGCUCUCGUUGCGAUACUGUCUUGACCUGGGAGCAACUUCGCGCUCCUCAGGUUUCACAAUUCCUGGUCAAGCCUAUCGAGCAAGAAAUUCGCAGCAACCAUCUGAAUGCUGCCACGCACUAUGCUCUCAUGGCAAACUGUCUUCAGUACAGCAAAGAGGCUGCUAUGUCCUCGGGCAAUAGUGGAACAAACACCACCCGUGCGAUGGUCUGUGAGCUGGUUGCCAUUAAAUUGCUCAAGGAUUUUUCUACAAGAGAGCUCAUCGACGCAUUGUCCUAUGACUUUGAUCCUCUUCAAGGCCAGUUGGAUGCUGUGCCUCAUGCAGAGAACGAACGGAGAAACACAGCAAGCUCCAAAAAGCCGGCUCAACGGCCGGCAAGAAUCUCGUGCUUCGAGAUCGCCAUCCGCGCUCAGGCUAAAAAGUUUCUCUCCCAUCCCCUGGUUGUGAAGCAGCUCGAGGCCAUCUGGGCUGGUACAAUUGUGUUUCACUCUGCUGCCGACAGUCUCCAUAGACCGCUGCCUUCCAUAAAUCGACCGAGAAGUUACGGUACCAAUGAUGGAGGCUUGGCGGCAAAGCCCACAACCUCCAACACCGAGUUUCGCACUCCAAGGAGAGCAGUCACACUAUAUGAUCCUCGGGAUGCAUCUCUUUUCAAGUUGUCCCGGUUGCGGGUGCCACGCUACCGCAACAUCUUGUCUACUUUGUCCUUUGCCAUUCUCCUAAGCUUGUUUGUCGCCGUCCUUGUGCAACGCUCCCUCGAGAUCACGACGCUCGAGGUCAUCUUCUGGUUCUGGGCCGCUGGCUAUAUGUUGGACGAGAUUGUUGGAUUCAAUGAGCAAGGCUUCAGUCUCUACAUUGCUAGCUUCUGGAACACAUUCGACUUGGGAAUCCUCCUCAUCUUGGUCAUCCACUUAGCACUGCGGCUCUACGGGAUCCUCAUGCCAGAUGUUAGAAAGCAUAUGGUGGCCAACAUGGCCUACGACGUCCUUGCAGCCGAUGCCAUCUUGCUCUUUCCGCGACUAUUUUCUGUACUGGAUCACUACCGCUACUUUUCGCCUUUACUGAUUGCAUUUCGAUACAUGGCGGCGGAUCUCAUCGCAGUUUCACUGCUGAUCCUGAUCAGCUGCAGUGGGUUCUUUGUUGCUCUCACUUUGUCGUUUGGCAACGAUGGUAUUGACACUCCUAGCUCGGUGGCUUACGCCUUGCUACAAAUGCUCAUGGGCUUCACGCCCGCCGCCUGGGAUCGAUGGGAGAGCUACAACGUUCUGGGGAAGACGAUUCUGACCUUGUUCCUGUUCAUUUGUCACUUCCUUGUAGUCACCAUCCUAAUCACCGUCCUCACCAACUCCUUCAUGGCUAUCGUCCGGAACGCGAGUGAAGAGCAUCAGUUCUUGUUUGCGGUCAACACCAUCUCCCACGUCAAAUCCGACGCGCUCUUCUCUUACGUCGCGCCUACCAACAUACUGCAGUGGCUUCUGGUCCCUCUCAGGUAUUUCGUUCCCUUCCGCCAAUAUGUCAAGAUCAAUCGUACCAUUAUCAAGAUCACGCACUUACCCCUGCUGUUUUCGAUCUUACUGUACGAAAAGACCAUCAUGCAGUCGACCGUCUACGACAGCAUAGAUCUUGUCGAGCGUCGCGGGCGCGUGAGAAGAACAACAAAGUUUCCGCGACUGACUCGAGCGCCUUCCAUUGCCACUUUCCGACAGGACAGGGCUCUCGAAGAAGUGUUCAGACAUCCUUUUGACAGUACCGUUAGAAGCGCUCAUCCAAGUCGCGACCGGCGCAAGGCGAGUAACGUGGUUAGCACAUGGAUGAAUACAAUGGGCAACGACGUGGCAGACCCGCCGCAGGAGCAAGACAGGCAAAUCGUCGACAGGCUUGAAGCCAAGGAAGCAACAUCUCGUAGACCACGCCGGAUCAGCCGAGUUCGCGACUUUUCUCGCCAAACAUUGUCAGUUGUAUCUGACCCAGAGGAUUUCACGACCAACGGAAAUUUCUUGUCUCCAGGAGAGACACAUCCUGUGACGACCACACCUUCUGCGUUGGAGCAACCAUCGCACAACACUGAUGCGGAUGGAGACGAUGAGAUGCCUACAAAUGAUGACGGUGAAGAAGAGGACACGACCACACUCGAGCCCCGGUCACCAAGCGAUACAGAGCCGGAAAAACACAACACGGCCCCUGCCGUCGUUGAGCAUCGUGACUAUUUUACAACUAAGCAGAAUCUUGGACACCCUACUCCUGAAGCAGGUCAACCUAUGGCAGCCAUCUCACAAGCGAAGCUCGAAAUGCCAGGCUCAGGUGUUGAUUCGCCUCGACGCUCACCCAAGAACCUGGUCCGUCAUCAUUCCCGCAACGUGUCGGCUGCAACCAUGAUAUUUAAACCCACGACAGAUUCCAGCACGGACCAAACUUCGUCAGUUGAGGGGAGUAAACCUCCGCAAUUUAAGGCACAUAUUUCAGCACCGGGAUCAGGGGCUCGCACACCAGUGUCUAAAGCCGGGUCCAGUGGUGCGGGCCAUAGAACUCCAAAGCGAACAGCAGGCCCGACUCGUAUGCGACCGAUUCUUGCCACCAAGGACGAACAGGGUUUCCGAUCGACGCCGAAUUUGGCGGGGUUGGUGUCGCUCAAAAACCAACAAGCUCAAGUGCGGCGGAAACCAUCACUCGAAAUGGACCUUGUGUCGGACAUUGGUGACAACCGAGCAAUAGGCGGAGGCUACGUUGGAGCACUUCCCAGCUCAUUUGCCGCUCACCUGGCAAAAGGAACAAUCGAGUCACGCCAUGAAAAAGAGCAGAUACAACAGCAAGAGAUGUUCACGAAGAUUAUGAUGGCUCGCAUGAAUGCCCUUGAGGAGAGCUUCAGAGAGGUGAUCCACGAGAUGAGAGACCAUUUGAGACAUGACGAUGUUAGAAGCAGGAGCCGCGGAGGGGGAGCCACAACGAGUGGGCGCAAGGGAAGGGCCCGGGAGAGGGAGGUUGAGCGACCACUCACGGCAAGUAAUGAUGCAGAGGCUGCUACUCCCCGGGCAAGCUCACUCACCAGGAUUGGAGAGCUCACCCGAGCAGGGGAAACCACAACAGAAAGGGGGAGUGGGGGAAGCGAAGAACAAGAAACUAGAGAACAGCCUCCCGCCGCUUGAAUAUGGGGAGAGUGCCUGAAGCGUGUGGGUGGUUCUAGACAAGUAAGGUCCGGAGGGCGGUACAUGGUUGGGAUUUUGUAUUGAUACCCUUGAGGGCUUAGGCAAUUGGAAAGGAUCAGAUGUGAAUAGUGCACAUGAUUUUGAGCGUCGGUCGAGGCAUGUUCCAAUAAGUUUGGGCGUUGAUAUUGACAAGGCUGAAGUGGAGAGGCUGGCAGUUCUAGCGCAAAGGAAUGACGCAACUGCCCAAUGAG